AGGUUACAUUACCUAGGAAAAAAAAAAUAGCACAAGAAUUAUCUCUCUCCUCACGUAUUUAUAUACACACCUAUACACACGUAUACAUACACAUACUCACCCAAUUCACUAGUGAAGCAAUUCAGUUCCUGCCCAAGCUGACCCAGAAUAAAAUAAGAUCAAUCCACUGAUUCAACUACUGUUUUAUCGUUUAUAAUAUCACAUAUAUUAUCUGAGUUUGAGGAGGAGCAUUCGUUAAAUUGUAAUUUGAAGUGUGUAUGUUGCUUCGCGUGACAGGGUGAAUGGUGUCGCCUUAGAUAAAAGUUACGUGCUGCCUUAGAAUUUUACAUCCCAUGUGUUCUUCAUAUCCUGUUUAUUGGUGGACAUAGAUUACUUUUCCUUUCUGGGAUUGCAUAGUUAAAGCCAAAUAGCAAGUUCCCUGUCUAUGGAGCGAACAGAACACCAAAACGAACGCGAACAUGUUAUUGACAUUACAAGUAACAGAGGACCAUCCUCUUCUAGCUCCACCCAAGAUAGACCACAAAAUGGAUCAGAUACACGGCGGAUUGAAGAACAACCUUCCACAAGUGUGAGGCCUUCCGUGCUUCAACCUUCCUUUACUAUAGCUAAUGGGUCAAUCUCAAGAAGUUCUUCAUCAGUUAGGAGAGGGAAUGGGAAUGGGAAUGGGCAUGGUCGCCGUAGAAGUCCACUUAAUUCUGGAUUAUGGAUAUCUGUUGAAUUAGUUAUAACCGUGAGCCAAAUUAUUGCCUCCAUCAUUGUUUUGUCCCUGUUCAGGGAUGAAAGUCCGCAUGCUCCGCUGCGUGAAUGGAUUCUGGGGUAUGCUUCUGGGUGCGUUGCUACACUUCCUCUUCUUUAUUGGCGUUAUCAUCAUCGUAAUCAAACAUCAGAGCAAGAUUCAUCUCAGCCUCGUCAGAAUUCUCCCGAGAGUAACAUUACAGCACGAACAAAUUCUUACAGUUUAUCUUCAGGUACUAGAACCAUGGAAGAUGAAGAUCACCAGACGAUUGCUGCUUCUGGAAGUGUUCAAGGUGGUACAAUUCUGAAUGCAAGAGUCAAGGUACUCAUGGAGUACUUAAAGAUGGCUCUGGAUUGCUUCUUUGCUGUAUGGUUCGUAGUUGGCAAUGUUUGGAUUUUUGGGGGUCACUCAUCUUCCACUGAAGCUCCAAACCUGUACAGAUUGUGUAUAGUAUUUCUUGCUUUUAGCUGUAUUGGGUAUGCAAUGCCAUUUAUACUAUGUGCUACUAUCUGCUGCUGCCUACCUUGCAUUAUUUCUGUGCUGGGCUUUAGAGAGGAGCUAAAUCAAAAUAGGGGAGCCACUCCAGAAUCAAUAAAUUCUCUUCCAACCUACAAGUUCAAGAUAAAGAAAAACAGAGUUGGGAGUGAUAGAGAAACCAAUUCUGGUAGCAAUGAAGGAAUCGUGGCUGCAGGUACAGAGAAGGAGCGUGUCAUCUCUGGAGAAGAUGCGGUUUGCUGCAUAUGCCUUUCAAAGUAUGCAAACAAUGAUGAGCUCAGGGAAUUGCCAUGUUCUCACUUUUUUCACAAAGAAUGCGUGGACAAGUGGCUCAAGAUCAAUGCAUUGUGUCCCUUGUGUAAGGGCGAGGUUGGUGAUAAAAUAUUAAGCACGCUCUCUAGGGAAAAUACCAACUCACAAAUGAAUGCAGUGCUAUGAACUGGUUAUUUAUUGACCGUCAUUGACAUGUCUAUGCGAAACUUCCUGUUUUAGCUUUCAUGUCCGUGCUGAUGGAAAGGUUUCCCAAACGUCAUGUUUAGAACACCAUGGGGUUAUUCAAGUUUGAUAUUUUCGAUUCCAUUUGGUUGCUCGGUUGGGCAAGAAUUUGACAGCUCUUAGAGUUGUAAUGUUAAAUAUGUGUUAGUAAAGAUUGUUUUGUGGCCAAAGAUUGUAUAUUGGAGCUUCUUUGAAUGAGAAUGAUAAUUCUGGACGACUAGAAAAUAUAUAUAUAAAGCGGAGAUAUAUACUUGACAAUAUCGUUAUGUAUGAAGAUAUAGUUUUGUUAUUGUA